AUUUUUGAUCGCUGCUGCUUCCUGGUUUUGCACAGUAUUAAGAAAAACUGUGGCCGCCUUAGACACAGAGAGCAGAUUGUGGGAAAAGGCAUUGGCUCCAGCUCCGUUCACAUCCUGUGGAACAGGUAGUUCUUGUCGUGAAAAAUGGCAGGCGACCGCUGCAGAAACUCCUGAUGGCUUGGCUUACCUGAAGAACCUGUUACUCCCCUACUGCAGGGGGACUCUCUCUCUCUUGAGAUUACGAGAUACCAUCCAGUUGAUUUGAGCCUGGAAUCUCUUGAGACACCUGUGGACGGAGUGAUCUGAAGCAGGAAAUAGUUAAGUCAGUUUUGAGGUGGCCCUGUGCCACAAUUCCCUUGUGGUUGUGCUGUUGUUUUUUUUUUGUGUGUGUAUGCGAAGAGCCUCAGAGAAUUGGUGUGCGAGAGUGAACGUGAAUGUGUGCUGUCUGAAACUCGGCCUCCGCGGCUGCUGCUCUCACUGUACGCAGAUGCACAGGAUGUUGCUCUUAUGACCGUCUAAACUGCUUGUUGAGCCCUCCCCUCCAAAGAAAAGUGCGCUCAGAGCAGCUGGUACUAACUGGCCAACGACCUCUUCAAUCCCUGCUCUGAAUUCCGGCAGACGACUGGUAGGAAGUGGUCAGCAGUUGAGGAUCUCCCUCCCCUCCGACAAGAGAUGAGGCAGUGUUCCAUCCGCAUCUACCCCUGGCCUCUUGACCUUCUUACCUCCUGAAUUUGGAACGGCUGCUUGAGAAUUGGGAUUCAGCACAGAUGUGAAGAAAGAAAGCAGACAGUUAAAUAAAACUCUGACUCUUCAACACCCUCUCUUUGGUUUCUAUCAAUGGGAGCCACUGUGCGUUCGAUUGACGAUGGAGUCUGUGGUGCGUAACCCAUGUUGCGAGUAGAAAAGACAGAUCUUAAUCUUUCCUUCACCACGGUCCGUUUUAGCGCUCCAAGUGGAUGCAGUGCAGACUGCUCAGUGUCUUGGCACUUUUCCCUCCAUUUCAUGAGGUUUUCUUUAUUUAUUUAAUUUAUUUUUUAUUCAACACCUUUCUCCCAAAAUGAUGGAAGAGGUUUCAAUAACCGUCGCCUAUGAUGCACACGUUUUCGGUCAAGUAGAUGAGGAGGACACUUUGGCCAAUAUGGUGGCAACCACAAAGCCCAAGUCACUGGUGCCAACGAAAAAGCUGAAGAAAUAUGAGAAGGAGUACCAAACCCUGAGAGAGCAGCAGGCGCAGCAGGAAGACCCAAUUGACAGAUAUAAGCGGGAGAAUCGGAGACUGCAGGAGACCAGCUUGCGCCUGGAGCAGGAGAACGAUGACUUGGCUCAUGAGCUUGUGACCAGCAAGAUUGCCCUGAGGAGUGACCUGGAUCAGGUUGAAGACAAGGCUGAUGUCCUCAACAAGGAGCUCCUCCAAACCAAACAGAAGCUGGUGGAGACUGAAGAUGAGAAAAGGAGACAGGAGGAAGAGUCAGCACAGAUUAAGGAGGUUUUUCGCAGGGAGUUAGAGAAAGCUGAAUGUGAAGUCCGCAAGACAAGUGCCAUCAUUUUGGACUACAAACAGAUUUGUUCACAGCUGAGUACACGGUUGGAGAGACAACAGGCGGCGGGUAAGGAGGAACUGGAGCUAGUGAAGGGUAAAGUGCUGUCCUGUGACCGCUGUUGUGAACUCUUCAAGGAGGAUGGUGAGCUGCAGCUCCCAGAUCCUGGCCAGGAUCACACGAAGCAGCACAUCGAUGAAGAGAAGGAGAUUCUGAAGAAGCAGCUGCGGGAGAUGGAGCUGGAGUUAGCACAGACCAAACUGCAGCUGGUGGAGGCCAAGUGUAAAAUCCAGGAGCUGGAGCACCAUCGGGGAGCUCUCCUCAAUGAGAUCCAAGCUGCCAAAAACUCCUGGCUCAGCAAGACCCUAAACUCGAUCAAAACUGCCACUGGCACUCAACCCCCUCAGCCUCCGCCUCCCCCUGCUCCCAAGGAAAGCACAUAGUGCCACACACCUCGUCCUCCUCCUCUUCUCAGCCCCUGAUGGUGAAGGAACAGCAGACUGAGGAUUACCUCCUGAACUCAACAGCAAGUCCUCACCACUGGCACUAUCCUCAAGCUCAAGAAAUUGCCCUGCUCAGGGCCAGCUGCCCAGUUCUUUGUACAUUUAAGUCCUUCCUCAAUCUUGGAAUCCAAUCUGACUGAUUUGUUGGUUUGUAUAUUGUAGAACAAGAAAUGUUGUAUUUUAUAAUCAGCACCUUCUUGUCAUUUUCAUUGGCAGCCGUUGUUGUUUGGGAAUCUCAUUGGUUUAAUAUGGUGAGUGGGUUAAUCCUACAGGCACUGGGAAGGAUGAGGGGCUGUCAGAAAUACCAGUGUUUGCUGAUUCGUCACCUUGACCAGGCGAACUGAGAAUCUUCUUCACUCUCUACUGUCUCUCUUUCCUCUCCUUCCUUCUCUCACUGUCCUGCGUGCUCCCUCUUUCUGAGCUUCUUGCCAUCCAGAGCUCUUGCUCUCUCCCUCUGUCUCUCUCUCUCUCUCUCGGUCUCUCUCUCUCGCUUGCUCAUGCUCUCUCUCGCUCUCUCUCUGGACUGAGAGCUGCUCCUAUUCAUUGACCCACAGAGAUCAUGUUUUGCUCAGGUCAGUUCCCACGAUUCACUGUCGCACUCUACUCGUCCUGUCUUACACACUAAACGUUCUGCUUGGAUCUUUACACAGGUCUGUCCUACAUUCUUCCCUUUCAGCCUUUACAAACCGAUGUGUGUGGAUGUGACAGAGGAACAGCUAAAGGACUCGUUUUGCACAAUGUACAAAGAACAAAUAAUCUAUCUUGUUCCUUUAAUUUUCAGACAGGUUCAAUAUUCGAUGUAGUUAAAAUUUGGGGAAAUUUUAUGUUUAACUUGCAGCAGUCUAUUGUCCCAGGGAACAGGUUCCUGUUGUUGGUGUGUUUAUCUGUAAUGCCAGCUGCCCCCAGUUGUUCACCCUGGUGCAGCCAUCUCUGGGGGCAGCUUAUAUUUGUAGCAGUUGUAUUUUCAACAAUAAACUAACUCACUGUU